AUGCGUCUCUCCAGCCUCUCGUUCAUCGUCCACGCUCUGCUGUUGACUGCUGUCGCAGCCCAGAGUGGUGGUGUCUCGGAUAUCCUGGAUCUCACCAGUGAGACCUCCUCGUCCAGCUCUGCUGAGCCGACAUCAUCGUCUUCUUCCUCGUCCUCGACCUCUUCUACUUCCACUGAGCCCACUACUACUGCCGCCCCCACUACUUCUUCGACUUCGUCGACUUCAUCCACUUCGUCAACCGAGCCGACCACUGCUGUUGCGGACCCGACCACGUCAUCCUCGUCUUCUUCCUCUUCUUCUUCCUCCUCGUCCUCUACUUCAUCCACCUCAUCGAAAAAUGAACCUGCCGCUACUACCAGCGCCGGAGGCAGCACUACCGAGGCCCCCUCCACCACCCAGACCCCUGUCGUGAAGACCAUCACUUCCUACGAGACCCGUAGCGGAUCGACCGUGGCUAACGUGAUGACCACUACUUCUACUCCCGUGGCCGAUGCUACCUCGCCUUCUCUCAACGGCGACAAGAGCUCUGGCUCCAGUGGUAUCUCUUCCUCCGACAAGAAGAUCAUCAUUGGUGUCGUGGUCGGUGUCGGUGGUGCCAUCCUGAUUGGUGCCCUCGGUCUCGUCUUCUGGAGAAUCCACAAGAAGCGCAACGAGCAGUACGGUGAUGAGGAUGAUCUCAUGGGUGGUACCGCCGUCGGUUCCGGACCUCGCGAGAAGGCUCCCAGCCCUGCCGGCAACACCCCCUUCAAGAACACACUGGACCAGUACCACAACCCUGGCCCUGUCAACGCAGCCUCCAACUUCUAA